GUUUCUGAAGUGAAUUACCUAUACCCUACCUUUUUAAGUAACAUUUUGAAUACAGAGUAUUUCCUACACCCUGGUACCUGGUACUAGGCUACUUAAGUACAAGAUAAGAGUACUUCUACCACCUCUGUGUAUCCAAAGAAAAGAAAGAAGACACACAGUGCACAGGAACAUUAACACACUGAACUCAACCCACGAGGGAGGAGGCAGAGAGAGGAGGUUCAGUUCUCAGAGCCGCAGCCUGCAGACACACAUGCUUCUGCUCUGACAUCAGCGCAGAUAAGACGCACAGCCUCUCCGGAUCUCAGCACAUCUCUCCUGCAGGCAAGGUGAUACCCGGGGACGCUUUGCAUCCAUCCGCCGGGCUAUUUUUAUUCAUUUUAAGACCCAGAAAACGCGUUUCUGUGGCGGUUUUUCCUCUCUUUGGAGUAAUGAGUCGCGAAGUUUGAGCCCCUGUUUCCCAUCGCUCUCGGGGUCUUAUCUCCUGUUGGUGGAUUGUUGUUUUCCCCAGAAAGCAUGGUGCUGGACAAGGAGGAGAGUGUGUCUCUCGUGUCCCUCCAGUCCAGAGAGAAACCUCGAGGAUGUGCCGGCUGUAACGGCAGGAUCCGGGACCGCUUCAUGCUGCAGGCGCUGGACCGGUUCUGGCACGAGGACUGUCUGAAGUGCUCCUGCUGCGACUGCCGCCUGGGCCGCGUCGGAUCCACGCUCUACACCCGGGCCAACCUCAUCCUCUGCCGCAGGGACUACCUCAGGCUCUUCGGGGUGACGGGGAACUGUGCAGCCUGCAGUAAGCUGAUCCCUGCCUUUGAGAUGGUGAUGAGAGCCAGAGACAACGUCUACCAUUUAGACUGCUUCGCCUGUCAACUCUGCCGCCAGAGAUUCUGCGUGGGAGACAAGUUUUUCCUCAAGAACAACAUGAUCCUGUGCCAGCUGGACUACGAAGGAGGCCAUCUUAAUGGCAGCACGGAGAGGCAAUGAGAGGUAAUAUUCAGAUGUCGAUGAGUUACGGUCUCGGCAGCUGCUCUGACAGCUUGAACUAAAACAUGCACCGGGAUAUCUGGAAGAUAUACAAGUGAGCUCACAAAGCUCAUCCCAAAUAUGACCAUAUGUAGACAUCAAACCCAGAGGCUGCGGACACUAUCAUCCAUGUGAAGCAUAUUAUCUUUGAAGAAGCAUUA